GAGAAUGAAAACCUUCGCCAGCAAGUGAGGGAAUUCAAAAAUGAGAACAAAAACCUCCGAAAAACCAUUGAACUGCUUCUCAAAGAAUAUGGGUUUUCUAAAAACAAGAACAAAAGGGAACUACAACUACAAAAUGAGAAGCUUUGCUUGGAGAAUUCAGAGCUGAACUAUUGUGUUGCCUAUUUGCACUGUGAAAAUCAAGCUUUGAGACAACAAGUUCAAGCAAAGGAGAGUGCUUAUGAACAAAAUGAUCAAGAAUGGAAAAGUGCUCUGGAGCAACUUAAAAACAACUUAAAAAUGCCUUGUAAACAUGAAGAGUAUGAAAUGGAGAAGCUGGCAUUGCAGGAAAAAGUUGAAGAUCUCCAAACGGACAACCAGGCAUACAGAUUAGACAAUGAUGCUAUAAUACAGAGCAUGUUUGACUUGAAACAGACUUUUCAAAAUGAAAAAGAUAAAAUGAGACAGCAAAUCCAGGCUCUUCAAAAUGACAUCCAUGAGGCAAACACAACCCUGGAAAAUUUCAAAGAUUUUAAGGAACUGUAUGAGGAAUUAAAACAGGAAAAUGAGUCUCUGAACAAUCAAAACCAAGACCUGAAACAAGAAAUUGAAGCAAAAAACAUUGCUAUUCAGGAAGAAGUUAAGGAGUUCAAAUCUGUUUUGCAAGGACUCAAAUCCUUUGAAGAAGAGAAUAACAGAAUAAAGGAACAAAACUACGCUCUGGAACAGGAAGUCCAGGAGCUUACCAAAAAGUUGGCUGAUUGUCAGAAGGAAAUGAGACUAAAUGAACAGGCUCUGCAAGAAGAAAUGCAAGAGAUUGAUAAAGGUGAAUCCCAUCAAAGUAGUUUUGAGCUCACACCUGAAUCCAAUGAGUCAACUGAAAAGGAAGAGAGGAUUAAAACAAGCGAAACUACAGACCUGGAGGAGAAAAACAAGGACAUCCCUACAGAAAGUUCAUCUCACAUGGAAACUCCACAAGAGGAGACGUUUCAACCCAGAGACGUGGAGGAUCAUGGGGGAUGGACUACAUGGCUCCAAGGUGUUGCCUUGUAUUUUGCAUUUUCUGACUACAUCUAUCCCCAUUUCUGAAAGUCAGUUUGCAGUAAGUAAGGGGAACUGAGCAUUUCUUCCCCACUCCCAUCUUUCGACUUCCCAUGUAUAUACACCAUUACAACUCUUUCCCCUCAAGCCCCAUAGACAAUAUAGAACAGGGGUGUCCAACUCCAGUCUUCAAAAACCAGAUGUGCUAAGGAGGAGUGGAUCAAGAAAGAAAGCUGUUUUCCUAUAGAUUUCUAUAGGUUUGCAUCAGGCUAGCUGUUGCCAUCUGGUAGACUUCAGACUGAAUGUACACUUAAGGUUCUUCUGUAUUGGCUUCAUGUUUCCAACGAACAAGCUAUGUCCAUGUUUUGUACCAUCUAUGCCCCAACCAGUCGUGGAAGACGGCUGCCCCUUCCUGAGCCUGGUUCUUCCGAAGGUUUCUUCCUGUUAAAAGG